UCGUGGCGUUCAGGGACGUGGCUGUGGACUUCACCCAGGAGGAGUGGAGGUUGCUGAGCCCUGCCCAGAGGACCCUGCACAGGGAAGUGAUGCUGGAGACCUACAACCACCUGGUCUCGCUGGAAAUUCCGCUUUCCAAACCAAAACUCAUUUCUCAGCUGGAGCAAGGGGAAGAGCCCUGGGUAGAGGAGAGACAACAUCCGCUGGGCCUCCGUCCAGGAUCAAAGCUAGAAAUUCAACCUUGUCCCUCCUGCCCUCUGGCAUUCUCUAGUCAGCAAGCCCUCAGCCAGCAUGUGUGGCUCAGUCAUCUCCCUCAGCUAUUCUCAAGUUUAUGUGCAGGAAAUCAUCUCUAUCCAGGGAAACACUAUCCAGAAGAUCAGAAACAGCAGCAGGAGCAGCUCUUUGAUCAAACCUGCUCCAGCGACGAAGCAGAAAUUCAAGAGAAAGAAGAGGGCUCCAAAGCCUUUUUUGGGAGAGUAAGCAAAAGCAACAUUUCAAAGGCAUUCUCCAGCCCACCAGAAGAGCAGCCAGUAAGGUCCAAGGAAGACAGAACAGUGGUGGAUAUAGGGCCCAGCCCAGACCAGAGGACACACUUUGAGGAAACAGACAAAGUAUUGCAUGGUUUAGAAGUCUCAGGAUUUGGAGCAAUCAAAUAUAGAGACUUGGGGCUAGGCUUUAGCAAGGGGUCAAACCUGCUCAGCCUCCCGAAGACACUCCUGGGGGAGACACCUUAUACGUACAGUGAGUGGGGACAGAGCUUUAGCAGUAUAUCAGUCCUCAUCAAAAACCAGAGGACACACUCUGGAGAAAAGCCUUAUGUGUGCAGGGAAUGCGGACGAGGCUUUACCUGGAAGUCAAACCUUGUCACACACCAGAGGACACACUCAGGAGAGAAACCUUAUGUGUGCAAGGAGUGUGGACGAGGCUUUACUUGGAAAUCAAACCUCUUCACACAUCAGAGGACACACUCAGGGGUCAAGCCUUAUGUGUGCAAGGAAUGUGGGCAGAGCUUUAGCCUGAAGUCAAACCUCAUCACACACCAGAGGGCACACUCGGGGGAGAAGCCUUUUGUGUGCAGGGAAUGUGGGCGAGGCUUUUGCCAGCAUUCACACCUCAUCAGACAUAAGAGGACACAUUCAGGAGAGAAGCCAUAUGUGUGCAGGGAGUGUGAGCAAGGCUUUAGCCAGAAGUCACACCUCAUUAGACACUUAAGGACACACACAGGAGAGAAGCCUUAUGUAUGCACAGAAUGUGGGCGUCACUUUAGCUGGAAGUCAAACCUCAAGACACACCAGAGGACACACUCAGGGCUUAAACCUUAUGUGUGCCUGGAGUGUGGGCAGUGCUUUAGCCUGAAGUCAAACCUUAACAAACACCAGAGGUCACACACAGGAGAGAAGCCGUUUGUGUGCAGAGAAUGUGGGCGAGGCUUUACCCGUAAAUCAACCCUCAUCACACACCAGAGGACUCACUCAGGGGAGAAGCCAUUUGUAUGUGUGGAAUGUGGGCGAGGUUUUAAUGAUAAGUCAACCCUCAUCUCACACCGGAGGACACAUUCAGGGGAAAAGCCUUUCAUAUGCAGGGAGUGUGGUAGAAGGUUUAGCCAAAAGCCAAACCUAUUUAGGCACAAGAGGGCACACUCAGGUGGUAUCCCCUUUGUGUGCAGAGAGUGUGGGCAAGGCUUUUGUGAUAAGUUAACUCUCAUUACACACCAGAAGGCACACUCGGGGGGGAAGCCUCAUGUGUGCAGGGAGUGUGGGCAAGGCUUUAGCCGGCAGUCACACCUUAUUAGACACCAGAGGAUACAUUCAGGAGAGAAGCCUUAUAUUUGUAGGAAGUGUGGGCGAGGCUUUAGUCGGAAAUCAAACCUCAUCAGACAUCAGAGGACACACUCAGGAUAGAAACCUUGUGUGUACAAGGAGUGUAGUGAAACCUUUAGCCAAGAGUCACACUUCAUGAGACACCAGAGGUCACACUCAGGGCUGUGGCUUUAGUAGUAAGUCAACCAUUGCCAGACGCCGAAGUGGAGACAUCUUAUGUGCGAUGGGAGUAUUCACGAGGCUGUUAAUGGUAAGAUUCAACAUCUCCAAUCCACCUGAAGGAGAGUUGCUGGCCUGUUUUCUGGAGCUCUGGCUUUCCCUAGUGGGGCUGGUGGUUGUGGAAGGUCUCUCAGGUAACUUGAUGAAGGGAGUACUUCUAAACAGGUUGAGGUUAGGGAAGAGAGACUAUUCCAAUGUCAUUUCCCAAGUACACCUGCAUACUCCUUCCGCAGUAACCUGGAUGUUACAGAAACAACAAUACUACAGCUUGUCUCUAGUGUCUGUCUGACCUUCUGAGAACAAGAGGCUUAACAGAAACCAUGGCUGAUUUAAUCUUGCUUCCCCAGAGCAUGCCCCAGCAGAGUCAGCUUCAGGGAGAGUUUGGGAAAUGGUGAAUUCAUGGGGACAGAGCACAUGGGUAGAGGAAGGUUUUAUUAUGCAAAGGGCUGACAGGUAAGAAAGAUUGUAACUGUCAUAGCUCUAGGUUUUGGGAAGGAGUAUCUGUUUUUGGAAAUACUGUCCCUGUGCUUGCUUCCCGGGGCUUUCUCUGGUUUCCAGAUUGAAUCCAUAAUGAAGAUAAUUUUAUUGACUGGUGUAUUUAGACUAGAACUGUAUUAUGUGCUUUUAUGAAGAAAACACACACUUAAAUAUAAAAAUAGAAAAUGAAAUUCCUUUCUAUUUUUCUUUGAAUUACCAUACAAUAUCCCACAGGUAAUUCUUCAGUUUAAAUCUUUCUAACCAUUGUAAACUAUGCUAUUUUUCUGGUUGGGAAUACGCUCUUUUUGAAAAUGGCAGUGUCCCACAAAUUAACUUAUAAUCCUGGGCCAAGUCCCAUGCUUUUUCGUGGAGCUUGACUAAUGAUUCUUAAUUUUAUUUGGAAAGUGAAAUUUCCAAGAAUGGGCAGGAAAAUAUAUGAACUGUAUAAUAACAUGUCUUUUUACCUGUGUACAGGUAUUUAGAAUAGAUCUUUAGAACCAGAUAAAAAAUAGAAAAACAAACUCACUUAUAUAUGAGUAUUUAGAAAAUGCUGGAGCAGGAUUUCAACCUAGUGUGAAAAUGGCAAGUACAAGUUUCAGUGUUUGACUCAUUGGCUCUCAGUGUAAGGAGAAAAUAAACAUAGCUCUCAAAGUCUCAAUAUCCAAAGGAGUUCGAGUUAGGGAAGCACUGUCUCAAAUAAUAUGAGGUGUAGGAGUCUUAAUAUUUGUUCAACAUCUAAGUUUGAGUGGAGCGAGCAGAACUUGGUGCAAAAUUAUGAAACAUUAUCCUAGAUGGAGCAGUGGGCAUGGCCUGUGCUUCUCAUCCCUCCCCAUGGUAGUUCCUGACCUCAUGUUCUUACUCCUCAAUAGAAAAAUACCCUUUGAGUCUUAGAAUUUAAUUAUUCUUUUCCAUAAACUCAUAUCACAAAGAUUCCAAAAUUAAACAUGUAUCUUAUACUGUUUUUUAACUUUCAGAAGGAAUAUUACAGUUUUCAAGGUAAUUGGUCCAUAAAACUAAAAGAUUUUGGCUUUAAUUGUUUGAGAUUCUCAACAAGAAAAAAUAGAACACUGCUGGUAUAUGAAGACUCAGAUAAAUUCAAAGAGAUAAAACCCUGGGAGACAGUUUCUUUGGAGAAGCAACCAAACAGAGAAGGCUGGAAAUGUUCUGAGGAAGGGACAGAAAGAAGCCCUAUCCUUUGGCCCUG